UCUUGUAUCUAACCACUCUCUGGGCUGACUUGGUAGUACGGAUAGGUGAAAAAUGUUUCCUCAAAGGAGUUUUGCUAUUUCAUAGCCAUCAAAAGAAAAAGAAAAAGAUAGUUUGAAGUUAAUUUUUUUAAAGAAGAAAACAAUGCUUACCCGUCGAAUUAAUUACUCUUUAAUUAUUUACUUGUCCUGGGUGGACACGGUUUGGGAGGCAGUGCUAAAUAAAGGCGCCUGCAGUUGUGUGCUUGGGGAAGGCAGCGGCCUGAAGAAGUACAUUGAAAAACUAAGGAUUUACGGCUUUGUGCUGUCAGUCCAGUGUAAAGCUGUUGGAGCGAGGGAGCAAAGGUAAAGAAUGAUGUAAUGCACUGGCUACCCCAAAGCAUCUUUUGUUGUGGGAUGGUUAUUCCAGUCAUCUCUCUAUGAAUCGAAUGUGAGGGGCUGCUUUGUGGAAGGAGUCCUUUGCAAGAGCACGUCAACGAGGAAGAGAAAGAGACAUUCAGUUGGAGGGCUCUUGCUGAAAAUGGGUUUAACUCUCCUUUUGCCAGUCACCACCAGCCUGACCUCAUACAUUUUUAGUACAAUGGAGUGGCUGAGCCUUUGAGCACACCACCAUUACAUCAUCGUGGCAAAUUAAAAGAGGAGGUGGAAAAAGAGGACUUAUUGUUGUCAUGGCCCAUGAGAUGAUUGGAACUCAAAUUGUUACUGAGCGGUUGGUAGCUCUGCUGGAAAGUGGAACAGAAAAAGUGCUGCUAAUUGAUAGCCGGCCAUUUGUGGAAUACAAUACAUCCCACAUUUUAGAAGCCAUUAAUAUCAACUGCUCCAAGCUUAUGAAGCGGAGGUUGCAGCAGGACAAAGUGUUAAUUACAGAACUUAUCCAGCAUUCAGCAAAACAUAAGAUUGAUAUUGAUUGCAGUCAGAAGGUGGUAGUUUAUGAUCAGAGCUCCCAAGAUGUUGCCUCUCUGUCAUCAGACUGCUUUCUCACUGUACUGCUGGGCAAACUGGAGAAGAGCUUCAGCUCUGUCCACCUGCUUGCAGGUGGGUUUGCCGAGUUCUCUCGUUGUUUCCCUGGCCUCUGUGAAGGAAAAUCUACUCUAGUCCCUACCUGCAUUUCUCAGCCUUGCUUACCUGUUGCCAACACUGGGCCAACCCGAAUUCUUCCCAAUCUUUAUCUUGGCUGCCAGCGAGAUGUCCUCAACAAGGAGCUGAUGCAGCAGAAUGGCAUUGGUUAUGUGUUAAACGCCAGCAGUACCUGUCCGAAGCCUGACUUCAUCCCUGAGUCUCAUUUCCUGCGAGUGCCUGUGAAUGAUAGCUUUUGUGAGAAAAUUUUGCCGUGGUUGGACAAAUCGGUGGAUUUCAUUGAGAAAGCAAAAGCCUCCAAUGGAUGUGUCCUGGUGCACUGUUUAGCGGGGAUCUCCCGCUCUGCCACCAUUGCCAUCGCCUACAUCAUGAAGAGGAUGGACAUGUCUUUAGAUGAGGCUUACAGGUUUGUGAAAGAAAAGAGACCUACUAUAUCUCCAAACUUCAAUUUUCUGGGCCAGCUUCUGGACUAUGAGAAGAAGAUCAAGAACCAGACUGGAGCGACAGGGCCAAAGAGCAAACUCAAGCUGCUACACCUGGAAAAGUCAAACGACCCUGUCCCUGCAGUGUCGGAGGGUGGACAGAAGAGCGAGAUGUCCCUCAAUCCACGCUGUGCCAACUCUGCUACCUCGGAGGCAGUAGGGCAAAGGCCUCUGCAUCCUGCCAGCGUGCCCAGCGUGCAGCCACCACUGUUGGAGGGCAACCCGCUGGCACAGGCGCUCAACGGGCUCCACCUGUCCUCAGACAAGCUGGAAGACAGCAAUAAGCUCAAACGUUCCUUCUCUCUGGAUAUUAAAUCGGUUUCAUAUUCGGCCAGCAUGGCAGCAUCCUUACACGGCUUCUCGUCAGAAGAUGCUCUGGAAUACUACAAACCGUCCGCUGCCCUGGAUGGGACCAACAAGCUCUGCCAGUUCUCCCCAGUUCAGGAAGUGUCAGAGCAGACUCCAGAAACCACCCCAGAUAAGGAGGAAGCCCACAUAAAGGCCCAGCCUGCCAGGCCUCCGGAGGGCCAGAGCAAGCGACUGCACACAGUAAGAACCAGCAGCAGCGGCGCCCCCCAGAGGUCCUUCUUAGCUCCACUGCAGCGAAGUGGGAGCAUGGAGGACAACUACCACACCAACUUCCUCUUCGGCCUUUCCACCAGCCAGCAGCACCUCACCAAGUCUGCUGCGGGGCUGGGCCUCAAGGGCUGGCACUCAGACAGCUUGUCUCCUCAGACCUCGACCCCCUCCCUGACCAACAGCUGGUAUUUUGCCACGGAGUGCUCUCACUUCUACUCCGCUUCAGCCAUCUACGGAGGCAGUGCCAGCUACUCUGCCUACAGCUGCAGCCAGCUGCCCACGUGUAGCGACCAAGUCUAUUCGGUGCGCAGGCGGCAGAAGCCAGGUGACAGGGCUGACUCUCGGCGGAGCUGGCAUGAAGAGAGUCCCUUUGAAAAGCAGUUUAAGCGCAGGAGCUGCCAGAUGGAGUUUGGCGAGAGCAUCAUGUCGGAGAACAGGUCCCGGGAAGAGCUGGGCAAGGUGGGGAGCCAGUCUAGCUUUUCAGGCAGCAUGGAAAUCAUUGAGGUCUCGUGAGGGGGCGCUUGUGAUUGCUAUUGACGGUGUUUCUUGUUCACAAAAAAUGUUCCCUGUAAAUCUGAAAUAUGUAUGUGUAUCUACAUAUAUAUUUUUGGAAAAUGGAGCUGUGGUGUAAAGGCAAAAGAUGGAUCAACACAGUUGUUCUCUCUCCACAUCCGCAUGUGAGAGGUCAGCUAGUAUUUCAACAAAAGUGGAAGGGCAAAUGCUAGAAUUCCCCCUAACCAGAGGAAACAGUUCUAUUUAGUGAACUGCACAUUCCUACAAAAACAAGCUUAUUUGGUUUUAGAGGACAAAAACCCUCUACCUUUGUCACGUCAUGCUGCAGAGAUCUCAGAUGCUCACUGGCCUCUGUCCGGUCCCUUCCAUAGUGCACCUUAGUGCUGAGACUGAGCCAGCUGUGGGUCAAGCGCAUCCUCUUAGGGACUGAGCCUGAUGGUACAUUCAAGAGAAACGGUCCUGUCCAAAGCUGACGGACGAGCCAAGCUCAGCCGCCAGCCGAGUGACACGAACAGCAUUCUGCUGGACAGACCAUUGGGGGCCUUGCCCGGAUCUACUUCAGAGCAAACCUAGUACCUCAGACAGGACAGUUGGGGCUUUCACCACUACCAUGUCUGGGAGCCCGUUUUCUAGGCAUUGUGCAUAGGGAGGUAGCGAGUCAGUUUUCCAACCAGUUCAAACGUGCACAAAAUUCCAGUCAGGCCUCAACCGAGUUUGUAUUUUCCCCCUCUCCCCAGCUUUAAGAAAGAGAAGGGCAACUACCUAGGAUUUAAGUUAGCCAGGAACCUGGCAACACGAUUUAAGCUAAAGGUGGGAGGCUAACCAUGUCUGCCUCCCUCUAUAAAUCAAAGAGUUGUUUAAAAUGGGAUUUUUAAUCCUUUAAUUGGAAAUUGACUUGGUUUAAAGCCAAUGUGAUAUUACUUGAGUUGGUAACAGAGUGGCAGAGCCUUCAAGUUCUCAGCCAAAAAUUUAUGGUUUCCAUUUCUGUUUCACUGCAGUGGAUACAGUUUGUAAAAGUAUAACAAAGCAGAAUUUUAUAGGAAACCACCUAGAGAGAAAACUACAGAGAUUAAGGAAGGUACAAAUUACCGAGAAGCAGAAAACACUUCCUUGAUGGCUUUUGCCCCGCUUGGCACGAGAUGAAGGUGGUAUUUUUAUAAUUCCUUCAGCCUUUCACAUUCGCUAGUAGGGCUGAGGAAGGUUUUGGGAAAGAAGGAGUAUUCAGAAUGAUGGAAGAUGAAGAAAAGGCUGUUGGAUUUUGUUCAGUUGUGAACAGAGUGGAAAGUCACAGCCAGCUGUUUUCAAACACCACCCCCCUGCGUGCUUUUGGUAUCCAAAUGGAGGGACACAAGGUGGUCUCUCAGUCCUUGACCUACAAUCACUACAUAGAAUCAGUGCUGGCAGCUGAGGACAGGAGGUAAUUAGAACAGUACACAGGUGACAGUGCGGAUCUGUUUUUCACCUUCCUGGCUCAGUUUUAUCAACUAUUGUAAAGUCCUCUUUUGAAGCCUUAAUUCUCAUCAGAAGCUUUUUGGGUGAGGAAGUAGGACAGGUGUUGUCCUUGCUCUUUACUGUAAGUGUAGCUAGUUGCUGACUCAUAUCUCAGGUUUUUCUAUGUGUGAGAAAUGGAUAGUCCUUUGACUAGGAUGCGACUUUGUGUUUCCUAUGGUGACUGCUAAAACCAGCAUAGAAUGACAUAAUUCAGAACUGACUGGCUGGAUCAUGAGGGUUAUGCGCUUCAUAGACAUAACUGGCUGUGUGCAAAUAAUGGUGUGGGCGUGAAACGAAGGCGGAGUGUAAGCUGCAUGGGGAGCGUGUGGUUACCAUACUGAGACAGUUCUGUUAAACGAUCCGACUUUUCUAUGUACACCUUUUAUGUAAUCAAGCAUUCUCGAGAUUUCACAUGGUAAUUUUGAUGUGUCAUGUAUACAACAAACGUGUAACAGUUCACAUCCGGAAUCUGGUCACCUCUAUCAAAUAUUUUUAAGAAAUGAAACCAGUAGCUCCAUUGUUAAAGGCUGUUUCUGGAGGGCUAGGGGGCAGGUUCUAACCAGACUGUUGGACAAAAGUCUGCCUUAUGCCAUUUAGGGUUUCUCUUGGCCACGGUCCCCUUCCUUCCUGUAACUGUGACGUCACACACUACAACCGUCAGUCCUUGAUCACUAAUGUCAUAUAAUCAGUUGGAAUCAAGAGCACCACGCUGAAGGGCAGCCCCGGGGGGAGUCCUGGGUGGCCUGUGGAGCUCAGGGGCUCCCUGUAGCGUGCAGCCCUGGAGUCAGCCAGGGUGAUACAGAACGGUGAUUCUACAGCACAGAACUAGACUUCUAUGUGAGAAAUGCUGGAAAAUGGUUUGGGACAUUUGUAAAGUUAGGUGGAAUGGCUGUAUAAAUGUUUAAUAUGAAUAUAGUGUGCCUUUGGAGUAAGGCAGGCUGUUGAAUGGUUCCAUUGUGCAUUUCUCAUUUUGGUGUGUCAUGUAUGUUAAUAUGAUGAAAUAAAAUCAAAACUGGUACCUGUUUAUACAUAAA